CUAAAAAAACUAGCUAACCCAAUCGAUGACUCUGGCGGCGACGGCCGGUUUUGUCUCUCCGCCCGCCAGUCGCCACUGCUUCCGGCUUCGUCGCCACCCCCUCCGGCCGCACGGCCGCCCACCUCACCGGCGCCGCCUCCCGUGUUAGUCAGACUCGGCGACGUCAAUCUCAACUCGCCACUGCUCCCGCGCCGCCUCCGACCUCGUCGCCAUCCAUCCGUCCCGGCCGCACGCCUGCGCACCUCACCAGCGUCGCCUCCGUGAGUGCAGACAAAGUGUGACGCCUGCCCUCAGUGAUGCAGCGGAAGGUGCGCGUCGCUGCAUCCAGCGAUGGCGUGCUGCCUGAAGACAUGCUGCGUCACAUCCUCGUGCGCCUCCCGGCAAAGGCGCUAUGCCUCUUCCGAUCAGUGAGCCGAUCCUGGAGGUCCCUCCUCUCAGAUCCGCUCUUCGUUGCAGCGCACAAGUCCCGCCACCCUGGGCCACUAAUUGUCACAUGCACCAGUGACUUGUUUCAAAGAGGAGGCACCAUUGAGAUUCUGGACUUGGCUGGCCAUGUCGUUAAGCGGAUAGCCCCCAUCAUGAAGGAUGCCCGGUUGGAACGCACACGCCACCUGGACCUUAUUUGUGUCUCCAGAAAUGAGCACCGUCCGACCCGCCAUGUGAUCAACCCUGCCACGGGGGAUACUUUUGCAUUGCCCGGUCGCCGUGCAAAGGAGCAUGCACAUGUGGAACAUUUCUUCCCAGUAUCAUUUGACUUUGGACAGGUUGGCUCCACGGGAGAGUACAAGGCUAUACGAUGUGUCAGCAUCGAUUAUUCCGAUAGCGAGUCGAGCCCGAUGCUCUGUGAGGUCAUCACCCUUAAUGAUGGCCGCCAUGCAAGAUGGAGGGGCAAACAGGGCCCUCCGGCCCCUGUCACAAGUUACGGUAACAAAAGUGUCGUUAUCAACGGAGUCGUCUAUUUCUUGGUGGAUUUUCUAAAGUUAAACAAACUUAUCAAAUUUUCCGGGGAUCAUGUCAAACCGGGUAGCAUGGUUUUGUUCAACCUUGAGACAGAGGAGUGGAUGGGGAUUGUCCAAGGUCCAUUGCCAGUGCGCACUGGCAGUUGCAGUUACUUUAGUCUACACAUGGAGCUAUCGCUGCUAUGCUUGGAUGGAUUCUUAGUUAUGGCACACAAUUGUGAAGAUUGCUCUUUGGACUUAUGGUUUUUGAUGGAUACUGAGAAAUCUCUCUGGAAUAAAAGGUACAGCAUUGAUGACCAAAAUGGAAAUCUCUUUGUUCAACCCUUAGAAAUUCUAAGUGAUGGGAGGAUGGUCCUCUCUGCACCAGGUUUGCUAAGACUCUAUGAUCCAAUUGCCGAGACCUACAUUGAUUUUGAGAUGAGAAAUUCCACAUUUGUUGGUACUUACACUGGAAGUCUAUUGUCUUCAGAGAGCACUUUCACUUCUGAGGCUGAACGUUGCACUAUCUGCGGUUGCUAUGGCACCCUUGAAACCAGCGAACCUUAUGCACUCUGUGAAGACUGUACGUUGGAUCAAACCUUGCUUGUAUUGCAGCGUUUGAAAGACCGCGGUGAACUGGGCACGCUUUCAGGAAUGACCAGUUGCCAAUAGAAAAUUUCAAGUAUGGUCCAACAAAAUUAGUUUUCAAAUGUCACCUUAGUUGCUUUUUAGAGAACAAUGAUGCUGCUCUCUGUUCUUUUUGUUUGAUGAAGCUUAUUUUGGAACAUAUAUUAUAUUUGGUACGGAAGAAAAUACGAUUGACCUUUGUUAUUCCAAACGUGAUGUCAAUAUGGAUCGAUUACGUGAAA